AUGCAAGGAAUGGCCUCAGCAAAUGACUCUUCAGUGAAGGAGUUCAUCCUUCUGGGUUUGACACGGCAGUCAGAACUCCAGUUACCUCUCUUCUUCCUCUUCUUGGGAAUCUAUGUCGUCUCCAUGGUGGGGAACCUGGGAUUGAUUGUUCUGAUUGUUUUGAAUUCUCACCGGCACACCCCCAUGUACUACUUUCUCUUCAACCUUUCCUUCACAGAUCUCUGCUACUCCUCUGUCAUCACGCCCAAAAUGCUGGUGAGUUUUGUGAAGCAGAACACCAUCUCCUAUGCUGAGUGUAUGACUCAGCUCUUUUUCUUCUGUUUCUUUUCUAUUGACGAAUGCUACAUUUUGACAGCAAUGGCUUAUGACAGAUAUGUUGCCAUUUGUAAGCCCCUUCUUUAUCAUGUCAACAUGUCCCAUGAUAUUUGUCACUUGAUGAUGGUGGGUGCUUAUGUGAUGGGGAUUGUGGGAGCCAUAGCCAAUACUAGUAGUGUACUAAGUCUGACCUUUUGUGAUGGCAACAUCAUCAAUCACUACAUGUGUGACAUACCUCCUCUCAGGAAGCUCUCUUGCACAAGUACCUACAUCAAUGAAUUGGUUAUUUUCAUUGUUGUGGGUGUCAAUGUAAUCGUACCUAGCCUGACUAUCUUUAUUUCUUACACAUUGAUUCUUUCCAACAUCCUUGGCUUCCAUUCUGCAGAGGGUAGGUCAAAAGCCUUUAGUACCUGUGGCUCCCAUGUUGUAGCUGUUUCUCUUUUCUUUGGAGCUAUAGCCUUUAUGUAUCUUAAACCAUCUAGUGUGUCUGGGGAUGAAGAUAAAAUAUCUACCAUUUUUUAUACCGUUGUGAGUCCAAUGCUAAACCCUUUCAUCUACAGUUUAAGGAAUAAGGAUGUCCACAUUGCACUGAGAAAAACUUUGAAGAAAAGCAUGUUUACCUAA